AUGAAAAGAAGAAGUGAUUAUGAUCUCCAAGCUAAGACUAGUGCUGAAUUGCUUCAGCUGUACAAAGUGAAAUUGGAAGGUGCUAACAAUUUGAAGAAAAUGAAGGGGUCUAGUCAAAUACAACAGCAAAAGAAAAACCAGAGCCAGCAAAGCGAAGAUCAAAGGAAGAACCAUGUGAGUUUUAGAAAAUCAGUUCAAGUAGAAGAAUCUUCCUCUAUACAACAAAAAAUACAGCAGCAGAGGCAGCAACCGGUGAACUCUACGAAAUCUAACCAAGAGGAUCAUUCUGAUGAACAAGGCUCCAAAAAAAAACAUAUGAUGCAACCAUUGAGCACUAGAAUAGAACUACAAGCAACUAGAUCUACUCAAAUUCCAGAGGCACACUUUAGAGAGUUGAUAGAUUAUUGGAGGCUUGAAGCAAUUAAAGAAAUCAGUGCCAAAAAUGCUAGAAAUAUAGCACAGCAGAAAUGGAGACACCGAGUGGGGCCUAUAAGCUUUGCUUGUAUAAGGGAGAGAUUGCGUGCAAGCAAAGAGGAUGGAGAGAGCUCUACUCAAGCUGAUAUUUUCAUUGAAACUCGUAAAAGCAAGAAAGGAAAAAAGGUGGAUGAAGAAACAAAUAAUGUGAUUACAAAACUUCAUGACUUGGUUGAAAAUUGUGGUCAAUCUUCUUCUGAAGCUUUUAAGCAAGUGUUUGGCGACGAAAGACCGGGGAGAGUGCGAUGCUACGGGAGAACUAUGACACCAAGUGUCUUCAAAAGGAAUAAUGAAAUAGCUGAAAUUGAGAAAAAACAUGCGAAGGAAGUCCAACGUUUAACUGAUAAGGUGCAUGACAUGGAGGCAAAGCAUGAGGACAUGGAGCGAAAAUUUCAAAUUCUUCUACGGACCAUGCUGAACCAUACUGACAACGCAGUUGAUUUGGAUCCUUUAGCUGCCUUGUUACUCCCCAGUGAUGACAAUGGCCCUCUAUAUUCAUCUACAUCUGUGCAUGCUCCAAAUAAUCAAGAGCAAAAUGAUGGUGGCAUGAUGGCGGAAGAAGAUGAUGCUACACUUUGAUGGUGGAAUUUGGAUCCUGUAGUUUGGAUCUUUAGUUUGGAUCUUUAGCUUAUUAGUUUGGAUUAUUAAAUUUGUUGGAUUACAUGGAUUAAAUUUUCCACUCCUUGUUGGAUUACGUGGAUUUAGAUGGUUAUGGAGGAUUGCAAGAUUCUAUCUGAUAAUUUCUACACAAGUCAGUUGCUGCAGGUUAAAAGGAAUUGCAACAAAGCUGCUGAUUUUAUGUCAAAAUAUGCUCUUUCUUUUGUUAAUCAUGUAUGGUUCUCAAUAUGGGUCCAUGCGGUCUAGGACAAAUUCUGUUAGAUGACUGUGGGGUUCCCUCUCAAUUUCCAUUUCAAUGAAUGAAAUACUAUUUUAAUUA